AAAAAAAAUGCUACGCCGAUUCUCGAAGAAGAACAAAAAUCCGGAGGGUGGCAGCGAUGAUGCUUCAAGGAAGCAAAAGAAGCUUUUGAGCAAAUUUCUGGAAUUCAUCACUUCCUCUAUUUGGUCGAUUCCAAUUGCAUCGUUCAUAGAGUCACAGUCUGUUGUUUUUGAUCGUCAACAAAUGGAAACUGAUGUCUAUAUUAUGAUUCAUAAGGAGUACUCUCAGCUUAUUGAUACUUUGAUUGAAUGCUUCUGCGAAGACGUUGGAACGACUCCCACCGAGCUGGUCGCUGCCAUUCAACUUUUCAACCAAAAAGAUGUCUCCCAACAGUAUAAGGUAGCCCUCGAGCCACUUCUCGCCGCACAGAACUUCAACGUUUUCGUGCCAAUGAUGAUGCGAAAAAACAUCGAGCUUCAGCUCCAGGCGCUUCAAAUGAUCGAGUUCAUGUGUGGUCUGAUCCCCUCGGUGCUUCAACUCGAAGACGGUGAAACUCUGCGCAACAUGAAGAAGCUGUCACCGGAGGAAACCGAACGAUAUGUGCUCAUUUCGGUGCUCCGUCACAGCAAGGACGAGUACGACUCGAUGCAGAAGGGUAGCGAGGAGCUGGAGAUGAUGGCACAGAAUAGCCGAAUUCAGCGAGAGGCGUUGGAGCAGGAAAUUCGGAAGGAAGAGAUUCUGCUCCAGCAAGCGUUGGAUGAGGGAGCGAGAGCCCAGAAUCAGAAUCAGAAUCAAGGAACAUCAUCUACUCAGACAGAUGGAGUCAAUGCUCCACUGAGAUCAGUGGCUGCAAUGAUGGCAGCCACGUUUGCAAUCGACACGGCAACUAGUACUGAUGAUGUCACCUACAAAUUUCUAGAUCAGUCCACAGGAACCAUGACAUCAUCAACUGGUGUUUCUGUCGGUACUUUGACCAAUACUGGAGUCUCCUCGGGAACUAUGACGUCCGGAGUUGACACUGGAACUGAUGCAGACGGAACAGUCGGCCGUCCAAAAUCUGCGAAACGUGUUGGAUCCGCUGUUGGUAAGCGAUCGGUUUCAAAAGGAACUCCAUCUGAAGAUGCCAAAAAAUCUUCGGGCUCUUCCUCACCAGAUGAAGCCGAAAAAUCGAAGAGGGAACGCCCUGGAACUUCUGUGAAGAAGGCAAUAGGCAUAGUAGCUGCUAACUCGGAAAUGAGCUCGAAUGGGACACAGAUGGAUGUUCCGGUAGACGAGGAAGGAACCAAAAAGCGACCGGGUACCACAUCGAAAAAGUCAAUCGCCACGGUGACAGCGUCGCCAGAAAUGAGCUCUAAGACUACUCAAAUGGAACCCGAGCAAGAUGGGGAGGGCAAAAAGAGACCGGAAACUUCAAAGGGUGCUAAUGAGAGGAAGUACUCAAAUGCCGGCUUAGAAGACAUUGUAGGUCCGAAAAGUAGCCCUCACGAGGAAAAGAAAUCGAGUCACCCAUCAUCUCGAAAGGGCAGCAAAGCCACCGACGAAAAUGCUCCAGCCACACGACCGCCCAGCAGAAAGGCAGCCGGAGGAUCCCACGAGCCCCGUGCAAAAACUCCAAAUCAGAAGAAUAAAGACGAGAGACCAACAACGCGUCGUUCUUCGGUUGACAAGAACGCGCCGAAGAGAAACGACAGUGUUCCACGUGAGAGAAAGAGUUCUGUAUCCCAUGAUGAAUCGAAGCCGCCCAAACCGAUAGGACCUCUGCGGGGCAACAAGUACGACGGAGAUGUUGUGCUCGGGCGAGCAGAGUCGCCUGGGAUAGAUCAUGGGCCGAGAAGGAAAAAUUUGAACGAUGUUAAUUCCCAUUUGGUAGAUACGAACCGUCUCAAUAGCUCCGACGUUCGAGUUCGUGCUCAAUAUCUUCGAGAGCAGCGCGACAAGCUUCUUCAAAUGAAAAAUGCGGAACGCAUCAAGCAAAUGACUGAUAUCCAACAAAAUGCGUCUCUGGAACGUCCAAAGACAGCGGCACGUGCCCGUGAGAUUCUGGAUAAGGACAAGAAGGAGGCGGUGGCGAUUCGAAAAGAGAUCAGUGAUAAGCUCAAGACACAGAUUCUUACUUUGCAUCAUUAAAACCACUUUUUUUUGUAUUUUUCUGUUUUUUCCAAUAAAGAUAUUA